GGGACGGGAGCCGAGGGGGCACUCGGAGGCGAGACACUGGGUAGUGGGAACCGCAGGAAGGGUCGAAGUCAUGAUACCCCCGCAGGAGGCGUCCGCCCGGCGGCGGGAGAUCGAGGACAAGCUGAAGCAGGAGGAGGAGACGCUCUCCUUCAUCCGCGACAGCCUGGAGAAGAGCGACCAGCUCACCAAGAACAUGGUGUCUAUCCUGUCAUCCUUUGAGAGUCGUCUUAUGAAGCUGGAGAACUCCAUCAUCCCUGUGCACAAACAGACGGAGAACCUGCAGCGGCUGCAGGAGAAUGUUGAGAAGACUCUGUCCUGUCUGGACCACGUCAUCAGCUACUACCACGUGGCCAGUGACACUGAGAAGAUCGUCAGGGAGGGCCCCACCGGUAGACUGGAAGAGUACCUGGGAAGCAUGGCCAAGAUUCAGAAGGCUGUGGAGUAUUUCCAGGACAAUAGCCCAGACAGCCCAGAACUCAACAAAGUGAAGCUGCUGUUUGAGCGGGGGAAGGAGUCACUGGAGUCGGAGUUCCGCAGCCUGAUGACCCGGCACAGCAAGGUUGUGUCCCCAGUGCUCAUCCUAGAUCUGAUCAGCGGCGAGGAUGACCUGGAGGUGCAGGAGGAGGUGCCCCUGGAGCACCUGCCCGAGAGCGUGCUGCAGGACGUGAUCCGCAUCUCCCGCUGGCUGGUGGAGUACGGCCGCAACCAAGAUUUCAUGAACGUCUACUACCAGAUCCGCUCCAGCCAGCUGGACCGCUCCAUCAAAGGCCUGAAGGAGCAUUUCCGGAAGAGCAGCUCUUCGUCUGGGGUCCCCUACUCCCCUGCUAUCCCCAACAAGAGGAAAGACACACCUACCAAGAAGCCCGUCAAGCGGCCAGGGACGAUCCGUAAGGCUCAGAACCUUCUGAAACAGUAUUCCCAGCAUGGUCUAGAUGGGAAAAAGGGGGGCUCUAACCUCAUUCCUCUGGAAGGUAACCACCCUCGUGAUUUCCGCGUUAAGCACCUGCCCGAGGCCCUGAACGACAAGCACGGGCCGCUGGCUGGGAGAGAUGACAUGCUGGACGUGGAGACCGAUGCCUACAUUCACUGCGUCAGUGCCUUUGUCAAGCUGGCCCAGAGCGAGUACCAGCUGCUGUCGGACGUCAUCCCUGAACACCAUCAGAAGAAGACCUUUGAUUCUUUGAUACAGGAUGCCCUGGACGGGCUGAUGCUUGAAGGGGAGAACAUCGUGGCCGCUGCCCGGAAGGCCAUCAUCCGACACGACUUCUCGGCCGUGCUCACCGUCUUCCCCAUCCUGCGGCACCUCAAGCAGACCAAGCCUGACUUUGACCAGGUGCUCCAGGGCACGGCCGCCAGCACCAAGAACAAGCUGCCUGGCCUCAUCACCUCCAUGGAGACCGUGGGAGCCAAAGCGCUGGAGGACUUCGCCGACAACAUCAAGAAUGACCCGGACAAGGAGUACAACAUGCCCAAGGAUGGCACCGUGCACGAGCUCACGAGCAACGCCAUCCUCUUCCUGCAGCAACUCCUGGACUUCCAGGAGACGGCGGGCGCCAUGCUGGCCUCCCAAGUUCUUGGGGACACAUACAAUAUUCCUUUAGACCCCCGAGAGACCAGUUCCUCAGCCACCAGCUACAAUUCCGAGUUCAGCAAGCGUCUCCUGAGCACCUACAUCUGUAAAGUACUGGGUAACCUGCAGUUGAACUUGCUGAGCAAGUCCAAGGUGUAUGAGGACCCGGCUCUGAGCGCCAUCUUCUUGCACAACAACUACAACUACAUCCUCAAGGCCCUGGAGAAGUCUGAGCUGAUCCAGCUGGUGGCCGUGACGCAGAAGACUGCCGAGCGCUCCUACCGGGAGCACAUUGAGCAGCAGAUCCAGACCUACCAGCGCAGUUGGUUAAAGGUGACUGACUACAUUACUGAGAAGAAUCUACCUGUGUUCCAACCCGGAGUCAAGCUGCGGGACAAGGAGCGGCAGAUGAUCAAGGAGCGGUUUAAGGGCUUCAAUGAUGGCCUGGAAGAAUUGUGCAAGACCCAGAAGGCCUGGGCUAUUCCCGACACAGAGCAGAGGGACAAGAUCCGCCAGGCCCAGAAAAACAUCGUUAAGGAGACCUACGGGGCCUUCUUGCACAGGUAUGGCAGCGUGCCCUUCACCAAGAACACCGAGAAGUACAUCAAGUACCGCGUGGAGCAGGUGGGCGACAUGAUUGACCGCCUCUUUGACACCUCCGCCUGAGCCGCCAGCGCCCCUGUCUGGCUCUGCCAGAUCAGCCGUGUUAUUGGACAGAUAAACCAGUG